UUUUAAAAGGUGUGGUGACGGAGCCAGCAGGCUGACAGCAGGAGGCGCGGAGGCUGGAGCUUGAUCCUCCCACACUGGAAUAAGAAGCAGGCAGCUGGAAAUGGCCACGGACGAGCUGUCUUCCAAGCUGAGCCGCCGGCUGCAGAUCGAGGACGGGGCCGAGCAGCCGGUAGCCGUGGACGGCGGCGAGCCGCAGGACGGCUCGGAGGAGAAGCCGCUCGUGGCGAACGCGGAUUCGGAGCUGGGCGCGCUGCUGCAGCGGCGGGGGGAGCUGAACGAGGGGCACGGGGACGCGCAGCAGCCCAGCCUGCGGGUCUUCAACCCCUACACCGAGUUCAAGGAGUUCUCCCGGAAGCAGAUCAAAGACAUGGAGAAGAUGUUCAAAACGUUCGAUGCUGGGAAAGACAACUACAUUGACCUGAUGGAGCUGAAGCUGAUGAUGGAGAAGCUUGGGGCACCACAAACCCACAUAGGGUUGAAAAACAUGAUCAAGGAGGUGGAUGAGGACCUGGACAACAAGCUCAGCUUUAGAGAGUUCCUGCUGAUCUUCAGGAAGGCAGCGGCAGGAGAACUGGCGGAGGACAGCGGGCUCAGCGUCCUGGCACGGCUCUCUGAAAUCGACGUCUCCACAGAGGGAGUCAAAGGAGCCAAAACUUUCUUUGAAGCCAAAGUUCAGGCCAUCAGCGAGUCGAACCGGUUCGAGUCCGAGAUUCGCCAGGAGCAGGAGGCCAAGAAGAAGCAGGCCGAGGAGCAGAAGCAGAGGCGAGCUGCUUUCAAAGAGCUGCAGUCUGCGUUUAAAUAACCUCAGGAGGGUCCUUCCACGUGCUCCGCUCAUGAUGUCAAAUUUUAAUCACUGCUGUCCAUGUGGCAGAUAUGCUUGAAAACCUGCACAUUUCCAUCACUCCUCUAAAGCAGUUCACGCGCUGCAGUCUGCGUAGCGGCGCGCAGACGCUGUCUUUGCUUUUCUACUCGUCUUCAAACAGAGGUGGCGUUUCAGACGUUCCCUUUCACACCAGUGCCACCCAAAUACAGUUGCUUCCUUUUGAAACCUGUAAGUUUUGACCAAUGCAGACCUUGGAUCAGUGUUAAUGCUCAGCAGCUGCAUUUCCAAUACUGCACCCUGCCAAACAACAGGGAUGGAUGGUCAAAGCAGACCUUCUGUUAGGCAGCUGGCAUGUCGGAAUCAGGUACAGCUUUGUCGCUUAGCCAAGACAUUUGCACAGUUUGCACUUCCUUAGUUGUCUGAAACUAGUGUCUUAAUCCAGAGAAAGUGGAGUGAGUGUGUGUUUCUCUGCCUGUGUUUGCAGAGUACGUUUCUGGUCUUGGGGAGUGCGUGGAAUACUUUAUGCCUAUGAUAAUCAAGAAACUAUUUGAGUGGUAAUGCAUAAUGAAACUCAUCUUUUUCGAAAGAUCGGGACCAACAAACCUUUGUUUCAUUUUUCGUUCUUUCAAAUUCAACGAUAAAAUCCGAAGCCCACUGAGGUGAAGCAGCUCGUCCUCUGGCCCCGGGUUUGAUCAAUGACUGUGAUUUAAAUGAUCAGAAGAGAGCGAGUAAGUCCAUCUUCAUGAAUAUAAUUAUAAACGCAAAAAUGCUUUAUUUUUAUAAGCAACAACCACUCUGGAGUUUUGAUAAAGAGAACAACUAAAUAACUUGUGCACAUGUGAGUGGGCUUUAAGCAACUUUUUACAGACUUGGAUUGUGUUUGCAACCCAUCCAGAUAGAAACACUCCCAUUGAAUGAUAACAUUUAUUUUUGACAUCUUACAUUCCAUUGUUAGACCUUUGUGUUUUCAAACACAUGAAUUAAAUGUGUAUAUAUUGGCUAAUUGUUUUUCCUACACAAAAGCUUUCACAUUGUAUCUAAUCUUCAGGGUUCUCUGGUUAUUUAACAUGACUUGUUCUUCAACUUUUGUGCUAAUUUCUUCUCAGGACCAAUCGGCUAACCGUUUGCCGUUAGAUGCUAGCACUUACAUUGACAAUCCUGUUGUGGCUCUCUGUCUGAUGUAUAAAAGCACGUUAUGAGUGCAAUGUUUGGUUAAUAAAAUCAACAGAUCUACAGUCA